AGGCUAAUCUAAUAAGUCCAACAAACACCGUCGUUCAGUUUUCACAAAUGACAAGCAUGGCGGGCAAUUCAAGGAUUGCGAAUCAAAGCGCAACCUGGUACUCGAGUUUGUAUAACGCUAUUAAGCAGACGCCGUUUAAUGCAACCGUCUUGAUUGUCUCGACCAUCGUGUUCUACAAGGUUUUGAAAAUUUCACGACGUCGUCAUCAACGUCAUGGUAAACAGGAAACCAAGAAACCAGACACAAAUUUAUGGAAUAAGGAUAGCGGCCAACAGAAACUGCAACCUCUUCGUAAGGACUUCACGGUGUCUGAGCUUCGUGAAUACAAUGGAACCCGAAAGGAUGGUAGACUCCUGGUGGCCAUAAACUUUAAUGUCUACGAUGUAUCGCGAUCUGUUCACUAUUACGGGCAACAUGGUGUUUAUCCAAACUACGCCGGACGGGAUAUUUCACGAAACUUGAUAAAUUUCUCAGUGGAUUCGAAUGAAAGCGAGGAAUUCGAUGAUUUGUGCGACCUUUCAAUCAGCCAGAUGAAAACUUUGAGGGAGUGGGACCUGCAGUACAGGGAAAAAUAUCCGUAUGUUGGAAAACUUUUGCGCCCAGGAGAACUGCACACCAACUAUACUGAAGAAGAGGAAUUUGAGAAACCCGAAUAAAUUUGUCUUACCUUAAAUGUAUGAACAAUAAAAAGAAGCUAAGCUAGGGGCAGGCGUAAAUAUA